UUCUUGAAACUAUAAGAGGGGGCGGGGUCCUCUAUCUAUAUCUUAUGUCUUAUUGUUGGGGUUUCAACAUACUCUUCCUUCUCUGAUACUCUCCUUUUCUUUUUGAACUUGAAAAGACAGGUGCUUAUAAUCUGGAAACUUUUUGAGAAAUAUGAAUGCUUCAAAGUUCAUCAAAUGUGUAACUGUAGGCGAUGGUGCUGUUGGCAAGACCUGCAUGCUCAUUUGUUACACCAGUAACAAGUUCCCUACUGACUAUGUUCCAACUGUAUUUGACAAUUUCAGUGCCAAUGUAGCUGUGGAUGGGAGCAUUGUCAAUUUGGGUUUGUGGGAUACUGCAGGUCAAGAGGAUUAUAGCAGGCUGAGACCACUAAGUUACAGGGGUGCAGACAUUUUUGUACUAGCUUUCUCUUUAAUAAGUAGCGCAAGCUAUGAAAAUGUUCUUAAAAAGUGGAUGCCUGAACUUCGUCGUUUUGCACCCAAUGUCCCAAUUGUACUUGUUGGAACUAAAUUAGACAUUCGAGAAGAUAAUCGCUAUCUAGCAGAUCAUAUGGGCUCAAAUAUUAUAACACCUGCCCAAGGGGAAGAGCUAAGGAGACAAAUUGGUGCAGCAGCUUACAUAGAGUGCAGCUCUAAAACUCAACAGAAUGUGAAAGCUGUUUUUGACACUGCAAUCAAGGUUGUGCUUCAGCCACCUAGGAGGAAGGAGGUAGUGAGGAAGAAAAGGCAAAGAAGCACUGGUUGUUCAAUUGUCAGGGGGAUCGUUUGUGGAGGCUGUGUUGCUUAGGAAAGUUUAGGAUUUGAUGUUCGUGAUAUGUAUCCUUCCAACAUGAUCUGACUCAAGCUCUUCCCAAUUGUUUUUUUGCGGUACAAGCCAAAGCUGGAACUUGCAUUAUUAUGAUAUAGCUGACGAAGAUUGUAUUGUAUUACCUGUUUUGUAGCACAAACUAUUUGUGGAGAAGCAGAGGAAAAUGUUGAUUUCCUCAAGUUAUGUAUUUUUAAUGUGUUGGUCUUGUGGAUACACUGUUAACUUGGUUAAAGGAAUAUCAUCCCAAAUGCACUUCUUAUCUUUUACGAUAAA